GUAAACGUUAGAAGAUAUAUAGAUAUAUAUAUAAAUUCGAAAUCUAUAACUAGUAUUAACUUUCACACAAUGCAAGUGCAUCGAAUGAAAUUGCUAAUGGGUUCGGGAGGUGGCCUAUUAUUUGGCAUUAUCUUUGGUUGGGUUAUAUUUCCCAAAAUUCUAAAAUUCAUGAUAUCAAAGCAAGUCACCCUAAAACCUGGCACAGAUAUACGAGAUCUUUGGUCAGCUACACCAUUUCCCUUACAUUUCUAUAUCUAUGUGUUCAAUGUCACCAAUCCUGAUGAUGUAGCCCGAGGAGCCAGACCACAACUUCAAGAAAUCGGACCCUUUGUAUUCGACGAAUGGAAGGAUAAAUUUGAUUUAAUUGAUGACGUGGUCGAAGAUACAGUGUCCUAUAAUAUGCGCAAUACUUUUAUAUUCAACGAAGAGGCCUCAAGUCCUUUGACAGGUGAAGAAAUUAUAACAUUGCCACAUCCUUUAAUGCAGCCCAUCGGUAUUACGGUGCAACGUGAGAGAGCCGCCAUGAUGGAACUAAUUUCCAAGGCUUUGACAUUGGUAUUUCCGGAUGCAACGGCUUUCUAUAGUGGUAAAUUUAUGGAUAUAUUUUUUCGUGGCCUUGAUGUCGAUUGCUCAUCAGAGGAAUUUGCUGCCAAGGCCCUUUGCACGGUAUUCUAUACAGGUGAAGUGAAACAGGCCAAGCAAAUGAAUCAAACUCACUUUCUAUUCUCAUUCAUGGGGCAGGCAAAUCACUCGGAUGCUGGACGGUUUACGGUUUGUCGUGGUGUCAAAAACAAUAUGAAAUUGGGCAAAGUUGUCAAGUUUGCCGAUGAACCGGAAUUAGAUGCAUGGCCUGGUGAUGAAUGUAAUCAAUUUGUGGGCACCGAUUCAACAGUCUUUCCCCCGGGUCUUAAGCGUGAAGCUGGUCUCUGGGCAUUCACACCGGAUAUUUGUCGCUCGUUGGGCGCCAUGUAUCAACGCAAAUCAUCGUAUCAUGGCAUGCCAGCAGUGAGAUAUAACUUGGACUUGGGUGAUGUACGUUCCGAUGAGAAACUACAUUGUUUCUGCGAUGAUCCCGAGGACUUGGAUACAUGUCCACCACGAGGCACAAUGAACUUGGCACCCUGUGUGGGUGGGCCAUUGAUAGCUUCAUUGCCCCAUUUCUAUAAAGCAGAUCCAAAACUUGUGGCAGCUGUCGAUGGUCUUAAUCCAAAUGAGAAGGAUCAUGCAGUCUAUAUUGAUUUCGAAUUGAUGUCUGGUACUCCAUUUCAGGCUGCUAAACGUUUACAAUUCAGUUUAGAUAUGGAACCAGUUGAGGGCAUAGAACCAAUGCAGAAAUUACCAAAAUUAAUACUCCCACUAUUUUGGGUCGAAGAGGGAGUUCAUUUGAAUAAGACCUAUACCAAUAUGGUGAAAUAUACAUUGUUCUUGGGUCUUAAAUUUAAUUCAGGCUUACGUUGGACGAUUAUCACCAUGUCUCUGGUGGGUCUAAUGUCCACGGCUUAUUUAUUUUAUCAACAAUAUGAUAGUCUCGAUAUAACCAUGCCACCAAAAAUUAUCAAAGAAUCUAAUAAGGUGGCCGAUGAAGUCGAGUCGAGUAAGAGCAAAACGAUUGAACAGAAUUCAUCAAUAACAACAUCUUUACCUGGUGCCAAUCAAUCGCAUCACAAAGAUCGCUAUUAAUUAUAGUUUAUACGGUUCAUAUCAUAUUAUUAUUAUUCUGUAGCAGCGCACCUGUAGUCCAAUCCAAAAAUAUAAUAAAACGAAAACAAAAACAGAAACAUGACAUAAAA